AUGAUGUACGCACGCUCGAUCGGCUCCAGCCGGGCUCUGCUCUCGUCUGCGACCCGUCGCUCGGCAUCGUUCGUCGAUUCGGCGCGGUCGUCCGUGUGCUCGACCUCGUCGUCCUCGUCGCCGUCACUUCGGAAUGGCCCCGCCAAUGUUCAGCACCGCCGGAUGCAUGGCUUCCCCGUCCUGUCCACCGCCAUCGACACCUCGGAUCCUGAAUUCAAGGAGCGCGCCGAGGCGAUGCAAGUCGUCGAACAGGAGAUGCAGACCUUGCUCCGAACGAUCGAGAACGGAGGUGGGGAGAAGGCCAAGCAAAAGGUCAAGGCCGCCGGCAAACUCUUGGUGCGAGAGAGGUCAGUCCUAGACAGACUGUCCCACCGAUCGGUUGACAUAUCGUGUGUUCAAGUGAAACGGAAAACUCCGGAUUGUAAUCCUUACCUGCACAGGAUCCACGAGCUGCUCGAUCCAUUCUCGCCGUUCCUCGAGCUGUCCCCACUUGCUGGGCAUGAUAUGUACGAUGGACCUCUACCCGCCGCCGGUAUUGUCACCGGUAUUGGAAGAGUGCAUGGGUCAGUUCGAGACCUCUUCAGGUGAUGCGCAAGGCUCCGCUAUAAAAUCCGAGCUCAUCCGUGCAAAUGCCACUUCCCCACUUGUUCAGAACUGAGGUCGUCGUUGUCGCCAAUGAUGUGAGCAAACCGGCCAUGGCGAGAUCGCCGGGAAAGAUCUGGCUUUCUAAUCUCAUCACACAUUUCUUUGGGCCUAGGGUACAGUCAAGGGUGGAUCCUACCACCCGGUCACGGUCAAGAAGCAUCUCCGAGCGCAAGAGAUUGCCCUCGACAACCGACUCCCCUGUGUCUACCUCGGUCAGUCCACGUCGGGAGAAGGGACACGGGCUUCGAGCCUCAGCUGACCAAUGGCUCGUUGGACACAUUCCAGUCGAAUCCGGAGGCGCUGCGCUGCCGUACCAAGCCGAUGUGUUCCCCGACCGAGAGCACUUUGGUCGAAUUUUCCGUAACAUGGCACAAAUGAGCGCCAAGGGCAUCCCGUGAGUGUGGGGCCUACACGCUAGAAGGCUUGAGAAUUUCAGUCUGAUUUCGCUUUUUCGUCACAGUCAACUGGCUGUUGUUCACGGUAUUUCGGUUGCUGGGUCAGUUUGCUUUGCUCUUGGCGCCUCUAGCGAUUAUCACCAAUGCUGAACCUUGAUCCUCGGUCUUCCCGCACAGAGGGGCGUAUGUACCUGCCAUGGCCGAUGGUGAGCUUCAUGUGCUUUCUUAUGUGUUUUACUUCACCUUAAUUGAUUCACGCUCUUUCUCUUGUCAGAAAACAUCAUCGUCGCCAAUCAGGGCACCAUCUUCCUCGCUGGUCCGCCGCUCGUCAAAGCUGCCUUGGGCGAAGAAGUCGAUUCCGAAACGCUCGGUGGUGGUCUGAUGCACUCUUCCGAAUCAGGUGUGACCGACCAUCUCGCGCAGUCUGAUUUGCAUGCGAUUGCCAUCGCACGAUCCUCGAUCAAGGCCCUCAACUACAAGCCUUUGCCGUGGAAGAGCGAGUACGCCGAGCCGGCAACGACGGAGGUGGAUGAGCCCAUAUAUGAUCCUAAAGAACUGGGCGGAGUCGUAGGGACCAACUUGAAGAAGCCUUGGGAUAUGAGGGAGGUGAUUGCUAGGACCGUCGAUGGGAGUCGGUUCCAGGAAUGGAAGAGGGACUAUGGCUCGACCAUCGUCACUGGAUUCGGUCAGUGCACACUUCUGUAAGACGGGAAAAUAGACCUGGAACUGAUCAUACUUGAUCCUCUGAUUUUUGUAGCUCACAUCCACGGAUAUCCUGUCGGCAUCGUAAGCCAUCGAAGGGACGUGACGAUACCUUUGGCCACGGUAGCUAAGACUACUCCCUAAUCGACCCAACAGAUCGCCAACAACGGUGUCAUCCUCUCGCCCUCGGCUCUAAAGGCAACCCAGUUCAUCCAGCUCUGCGAGCAACGAGGCAUACCUCUCGUCUUCUUGGUCAACAUCUCUGGGUUCAUGGUCGGCAAGGAUGCCGAGAAGGGUGGUAUCGCUAAGAAUGGCGCAAAGAUGGUGCGAGCCGUCGCGGCGACGACGGUGCCGAAGCUCACGGUCAUCGUGGGUGGAUCCUAGUCAGUACCUCGACUUGGUUAUGGAUGUGCCGAUGUGCUGUGGCUGAAGCGUUUUUGCUCCCCUCGUAGCGGCGCGGGUAACUACGGUAUGGCCGGACGAGCGUGAGUUGACGAAUUUCUUGCCGUUCCGCUUAGAUCGACAUCAUGCUAACGGUGGACAUCCAUCUUCGACACGCAGAUAUGACCCCAGAUUCUUGUGGAUGUGGCCCAACGCCCGUGUCUCCGUCAUGGGUGGCGAUCAAUUGCAAGACGUUAUGUCGACCGUGUCCAAGUACAUAUGAUCGCUGCGCAUCAUUCUCGCACUCCAGAUUUGUAUGCUAACCACCCAAACCAAUUUUCACAGGGACACCUCCAAAACCUCCAAACUCAAGGCGCAAAUCGAACACCAAUCGACACCGGUCUACGCCUCCGCAAGGCUGUGGGACGAUGGUGUCAUCUCUCCCUCCGAUACUCGAUCCUGCCUCGGUCUCGGUCUGAGCGUCGCGAUGAAGAGCUGGAACCCCGAGAAGAGGGACAAGGGCAACUUUGGCGUAUUCAGGAUGUGA